CGCAAUUACACCGCAGAGAAGCGGAGAGAGGGAGAGAGAGACGAAUUAGAAAAAAAUGAUUAAUCUGUCAAAGGCGAAUUUCUGCUCGCUCUGACAUUCAACCUCAGGUGAACCCUUUAAUGCACGAUUUUCUUUGUUGACAGUGAGCCUAUGCACCGCCUGUGGCAGUAGUAGCAGGUGGUGCUUGUGCAACCGUGCGGAGUGUCGACGCUCGUCCUCCGCCGCCUGAUCUGCGCGUCGUUUCAGCACCGGACAGCGACACACCGGCAGCCGCGGACACUGAGAACACCGAGGGGAUCCUAAACGGAGCGAGCUCCCACCGACACAACAACACAACCCGUCCGACCCUCGCUUGGCUCGGGGGCAAUGCGCGGCUAGAUGACUUCACCACAUCAACAAGCGCCACGGUAGUCCUGGACUAAUAAUACAGCAGCGCCACGUCCCUUCCUCCUCCCCCCUCACCUCCCUUCGGUCUCCAUUCGCUGAUUCCAAGUUCUCCUGAGGCACCAUGGGAAAUCGUGGUAUGGAGGAUCUGAUUCCGCUGGUCAACAAGCUGCAGGAUGCCUUCAGCUCCAUUGGCCAGGCCUGCAACCUGGACCUGCCGCAGAUCGCGGUGGUCGGCGGUCAGAGUGCAGGGAAGAGCUCCGUGCUGGAGAACUUCGUCGGCAGGGACUUUCUGCCCCGUGGUUCUGGUAUCGUCACCCGCAGGCCUCUAGUUCUGCAGCUCAUCAGUGCAAAUGCUGAAUGGGCUGAAUUCCUCCACUGCAAGGGGAAAAAGUUCACCGACUUUGACGAGGUGCGCCAGGAGAUUGAGGGCGAGACCGAUCGGAUCACAGGGGCCAACAAAGGCAUAUCUCCCGUCCCCAUCAACCUACGGGUUUACUCCCCUCAUGUGCUAAACCUAACCCUCAUCGACCUGCCGGGAAUCACCAAAGUGCCAGUUGGAGACCAGCCUGCGGACAUCGAGCAACAGAUUAGGGAUAUGAUUAUGCAGUUCAUCAGCAGAGAGAGCUGCUUGAUCCUGGCUGUCACCCCAGCAAACACUGACCUGGCCAACUCUGAUGCCCUCAAACUGGCAAAGGAUGUUGAUCCCCAGGGUCUAAGGACGAUUGGAGUGAUUACCAAACUGGAUUUGAUGGACGAGGGAACAGAUGCCCGAGAUGUUCUGGAGAACAAACUGCUGCCACUUCGAAGAGGGUACAUUGGCGUGGUGAACCGCAGUCAGAAGGACAUUGAUGGCAAGAAAGACAUUAAGGCAGCUUUAGAGGCUGAGAGGAAGUUUUUCCUGUCCCACCCAGGGUACAGGCACAUCGCUGAUAAAAUGGGCACCCCUCGCCUGCAGCAACUGCUCAACCAGCAACUGACCAACCACAUUCGGGACACCCUGCCAGCUUUCCGCAGCAAGCUGCAGGCCCAGCUGUUGGCUCUAGACAAAGAGGCAGAAGAAUACAGGGGAUAUCGGCCUGAUGACCCGUCUCGCAAAACCAAGCAGCUGUUGCAAAUGGUGCAACAGUUCUCUGUAGACUUUGAGAAGAGGAUUGAGGGUUCAGGGGAUCAGGUGGACACGGUGGAGCUGUCUGGUGGUGCAAAAAUCAAUCGCAUCUUUCACGAGCGCUUUCCUUUUGAACUCGUCAAGAUGGAGUGUGAUGACAAGGAGAUGCGGCGUGAGAUCAGUUAUGCCAUCAAGAACAUUCAUGGUAUCAGAACUGGGCUUUUCACCCCUGACAUGGCAUUUGAGGCUAUUGUGAAGAAGCAGAUUGUGAAGCUGAAGGAGCCAUCCGUCAAGUGUGUCGACAUGGUCAUCCAGGAGCUGAUCAACACCGUGCGCCAGUGCUCCAACAAGUUGGAAUGCUUCCCGAGGCUGCGUGAGGAAACUGAGAGGAUCGUCACUUCUCACAUCCGAGACAGAGAGAGUCGCGCCAAGGACCAGGUUCUGCUAUUGAUUGAUCUGCAGCUCUCUUACAUAAACACAAAUCAUGAGGAUUUCAUUGGCUUUGCAAGCGCUCAGCAGAGGAGCAGUCAAACUAAUAAGAGCCAGAGUUCAGCAGGAAAUCAGGUCAUCCGUAAAGGCUGGCUGACCAUCAACAACAUUAGCAUCAUCAAAGGAGGAGCCAAGGAGUACUGGUUUGUGUUGACUGCUGAGAGCCUGUCCUGGUUCAAGGAUGAUGAGGAGAAGGAGAAGAAGUACAUGCUACCGUUGGACAACCUGAAGGUCCGUGAUGUGGAGAAAAGUUUCAUGUCCAGCAAGCACAUAUUCUCCAUCUUCAACACAGAGUCCAGGAAUGUCUACAAAGACAAUCGCACUUUGGAGUUGGCCUGUGACUCCCAGGAUGAUGUGGACAGCUGGAAGUCAUCUCUCCUACGUGCUGGGGUCUACCCUGAGAAGACCACCACGGUUGAGAGUGAGACAACCACAACGACCGAUAACUUCUCCAUGGACCCUCAACUGGAGCGUAAGGUGGAGACCAUCCGCAAUCUGGUGGACUCCUACAUGGCUAUUGUCAACAAGUGCAUCCGGGAUCUCAUCCCAAAGACGAUCAUGCAUCUGAUGAUCAACAAUGUGAAGGACUUUAUCAAUGCAGAGCUCCUGGCAUGCCUGUACUCUGCAGGUGACCAAAACUCCCUGAUGGAUGAGUCCCAGGAGCAGGCCCAGAGGAGGGACGAGGUGCUGAGGACCCACCAGGCCUUGAAAGAGGCCCUGGCCAUCAUAGGUGACAUCUCUACAUCCACUAUCACCACCCCUAUGCCUCCGCCUGUUGACAACUCCUGGGUGGGAGGAGCUGGUGGUCGCAGGUCUCCUCCGCCCAGCCCUACAGCCCCUAGAAGGAUGUCUUCAGGCCAGCGACCGGCUCCCAGAGGGGCCCCACCGCCACCAAACCGCCCAGGACCUUUGGGACCCUUCAAUAACAGUGCUGAUAGCCCUCAGGCACCCAGCCGCCCCAACAGAGCUCCUCCUAGCAUCCCCAGCCGGCGACCACCUCCAUCUCCUACAAGACAAGCCCCACCAUAAUCACCUAAGGGGUGCCUCAAACCCCUUUCUCUUUCCCUCAUCCCUCCACCCCUCCGUUCUUAGCCAUGGCUCUGCUGUCCUCGUCUCUCCUUAGCGAAGAUGUUGAAGUCUUUGACCUCUUUGAACCUCAGUUUCUUGCCAGGUGAAGACAUCCAUAUAUUUAUGUACAGUACAGUACCUGUCUUGUGGUGUAUGUAUAUGUGCGCUUGUUGCUCACCUGUGAUCCAGGUUUGCUUAGCAGGUCCACUACCCUGAAACCCUGACCCCUCACUCACUCCUACAAUUCAGCCAGCACCCCCAGUUGCUGCUUCUACAUUAAAACAAAAUAUUCACAGCAAUCAUACUGCCCUACUCAUUCCAAAAUGCAGCAUGCCACAUACACUGCUUUUAUUGCAUGGGAGUGUGUGUGUGCGUGUGCAGAGUGUGUGUGCUUGUGUUUUGUGUGUGUGUUUGCGGGGGAGGGAUUAAUUUGCCUAUAUGUAGGCUGUUUGAUUUAGAUAUUGUAUUAAUUUAUUGUAUAAUGCCCCCCCACCCCCCAGUCUUAAUUAUCAGCUUGAUGUUCUCAUAGGAACAGAAGUUGUAUCUUAGUAUAAGUGUGUAUAAGCGUUUUCUGUGCGAAUAAUACAUUGUACAUGUGCAAGUGCGUGUGUAUGUGUGUGUGUGUGUGAGAACACGUGUGCAUGUGCUGUCUCUGCACGUUUGUUGGUGUUUUAGUUCUGUUUGUUUUCGCUGUUAAUGAUGAAUCAUAAACCCCGCAGGGGCGAAAUUCAGUGUUUGACUUUUGUGAGUUGUUCAUGUGUUGUAGUAGCAGUCAUACACACAUAGCAAGGCUGAGGAGCACCUUCAGUAUUCUCUAUAUGGAAAACAGCCUCGAUAACACAUUUAACCUCGUCAUAGGUGCCCACCUGUGCUGUAUCCAUGGUCAAAUUGUGACCCAGACAGCCUCAAGCUCCCAUUCAGAUGCUGACUGGCGAGAUGGAUGGAACUGAAGUUUUCACCUGAUUAAAACUAACAAAACAGAAAAAGACAUCGUUUUUAACAUGUGACUUUCCAUCCAUCCACACUCUAAAAACUGCCUGGUUAAACUAAACCCAAUUUGGGUUGUUCUGUUAAUCCAGUCCCGGGUCAAACACGGACCAGUCCAGGACUGAGUUGAUUUAACACGUAGGAUAUGGGUUUGACCCAGCAUUAGUUUAACCCCAAGAUGUGUUAAAGCAGCUAAUGUUUAAAGUCAAGGCUACAUAAGAGUGAGGUGUAAAGGAAAAAAAUUACUUUGAUUACCAAGUGGUAUUUGAAUUAAAAUAAAUAAAAUACUAGGUUUUUAUUUUUAGUUUAAUUCUGACUGAUUUUAAGUGCUGAAAUUAAUCAUUACGUAAUAAAAAUUAUUUACCUAAUGAUUAAAUAUUCAAUAUUAAAUAAUCUUGAACAUUUAUUGACAAGUAUUUGAAUUUGAACGGCAAAAUUCAAACUCAGCAUAUAGCAUUAUAUAGAAGUAUUAUAUAUCUUUUUCUCAUCAGUGAAUCUUUGGUUAAAUACCUAAUAAAUAAAUAAAUACAACGUAAACAAAUUAUGUUGAAAUGCAAUUGUAAGAAAAGUUAAAGUAGAAAUAAAUAUAUCUUGUUAGCCUGUUUAUAUUAACUUUAUGAUAGCUAGCAGUACCGUGUGCUAUCUACUUAGCAGCUAAGAGGCUAAAGAACUCAUUCAGGGUGAAAUAAACGCAUUAACACAUCCACUGACAUUAAGAUUAUUAUACAGUAUAACUUUACCAUUUUACCAUUUCUUAUUUCAUCCUGUGGAAGAGGUUUAGUGAAGUCUGAUCAUGUUGUUGUAUAGUUAGUUUGUAAAGACUGAUAAGGCCUCUUGCUUAACUCAAAAAGAUGGGUCUUGAUGUUUGAUCCUAUGCUUGGUGAAGCUACCCAAUUUCUGUACAACAUAAACACAAGAUUCUUGUUAAAGAAAUAACCUAGCUGUUUUUAGAGUGCAUCCAUAGAGGACUACAGGAGGGCUAGAGUCUAUUCCAGGUGUUGUUGGUGUCCCUCACUGGGCCAACAAAGAGGUCAUACAAAGAGACAGACAACCAAAACAUGAUAUAUUUCCAUUUAGCCUUUUUCUCAGGUCUGACCCAUGCGUUUAUACCCAUUACAAACAUCCCCUCCUCUUUAGGCAACUUGUUGGUCCACUCGAAACCCAGUCCGUCACUAUUUGCAUCAGAGCUUGAGGUUGUAUUGUCAGUGUUCAAGUGCUUCUCUGUCACUUUGUUAUUGUGUAUGUAAGCCUAAACUGUAUUCCGAUGUAUAUAGGUAAUGAUAAGGACAUAGUGUACAAGUGGACUCUAAAGACCUCAUCAAGAAUCCUAGUGCUUUAAUUGUUCUCUAUGUCUGUAUUUAUAAUAUUCUCUCCUCUCUCUAAUUUAGACUGCCUUACCGGCAUGGAUGAUAAUUCUUUAUUGCCAAAGUUAAACACAGAAGGAGAAUUGUGAAGUUUAAAAAAAGGGAAAAGAAAUACAAUAAAGAUUCCAGUUGAUAUGCAAUUGGCUAAAAUUAUUUAGCAGAGGACAUGAUGUUAAAUUUGGAAAUGCACCAGAUGUUAUUUCCUGUGUCUGUAUCGCUCCUCAAUAAACUUCUUCCUCAUAAUGUCA